AAUUCUACGACGUGACCUAAACAUAUAAUGAACGGAAACAAUUUUUAAAAAACAGAAUGGUUAGAAUUACAGAAGAUCUAGUAAGAAAAAAGGCGGAACACAACGAAAGCAUCAUUGGAACCUUGGAAGAGUUAUCGUUGCAUCAAGAAGACGUAGAAAAAAUCGAACAUCUCAACAACUGGUGCAGAGGAUUACAGAUUUUAUACCUUCAAGCGAAUCUUAUAUCGAAGAUUGAGAAUCUAAAUAAAUUAAAGAAAUUGCAAUAUCUUAAUUUGGCUAUCAAUAAUAUCGAGGUUAUAGAAAAUUUGAAAGGAUGCGAGAGCCUGGAAAAGCUCGACUUGACUUUGAACUUUGUCGGCAAUCUGGAAAGUGUCUGCUCUUUAAAGGAUAACAUCAAUUUACGAGAGCUAAUCCUAACAGGGAAUCCUUGUUGCGAAUAUAAGGGUUACAGAGACUAUGUGAUAGCUAAAUUGCCACAAUUGGUAAGCUUGGAUGUUAAAGAAAUAACUAAAAGUGAAAGAAUAAAAGCGUUUCAAAACUUGCCCACAAUCGAGCCAAGUAUUAGAGCAGAACAGGAAGCGUACAGAGCGCGUCGCGAUGAACAGUGCGUUCGCGUGUCCUGCAGAGACACUUCGCAUUUGACGGACGAAGAAUUCUGGCAGACCACCAGCGAACAUUGUCCGGAGAGCCGCAUCGACAUCGCAGCCAGGCAUAGAAGGGCCAGAGAAGAAAAUAAUAAAGAAGAUGCAGAGGUAACGUCGAUACAAAGAAGUGUUAGACUGUUCACUAAAGGUGGUAGACCAUUGAACGUGAAUCAAGCUAAGCUGAAUUUUAAGUUCAAAGACGACGACCCUGCACAAUACGUAUUAGAUGUCGCUGUGUACAAAUUCCUGGAUGGCAAUUUGAUUGAUGUUGACUUACAACCGAUCUACGUUAAAAUUACCAUCAAAGGCAAGGUAUUUCAAAUGGUCUUUCCGGAAGAGGUGUAUAUUGAAAAAAGUAUUUGUCAACGGUCCCAAUCGAGUGGACAUUUGAUUUUAAAAAUGCCGAAAGUCAAUUAUAAACCGAGAUUAGACAGUGUGAUGAUCAAAGAGGAAAGCGAAAAUACAGAAAAAGCACAGAAAAAGAAAAAUGAAUAUCUAGAAGUGCAAGAGAAAAAAGAUGAUAUGGAUUUCAGCAAAAUCGUAGAACGAAAUGAUAAAAUUAGAGAUCUGUACGAUAAUCCAGAAAUACCUCCAUUAGAAUAUUUCUAAUAUUAUUCAGCUUCAAUGUAUUUUGUUCGCAGUAAAAUUCAAUAAAAUGAUUGGAAAAACCGA